AUGACCUUUCGGUCAACUCUAAAGCCACCUCGUUAUCACCAUGUGUGCGCCGUGCUGGCGCCUGUCCCAUGCCACACGCCCCGCAGGUACCACGUGAUCAAGAUGUUCACUCCAUACGGCAAGAUCCGCCGUGAGGAGUAUCUGUGGCACACGUACGGACCCAAGCGGGGCGAGCCCCGCGGCUAUGCCUUCGUUGAGUACAGCAAGCGCGAGGAAGCUGAGCUGGCGCGAUCCAAAAUGAACGGUCGGACAGUGUUUGGGCGGCCACUGGUGGUGCGAUUCGUGGAUGAGAAGGUGGUCACAUACAACACCGAUGCCCCCGUGUGGAACCGACACACCGGCACCACCACCACCGCUGCCACACCCACCAGCGCUGUACCUGGUGCUGCUGGGGCUGUGGGGGCUGCGGGGGUUGGACGAGGGGGAGGUGCGGGAGCAGCGGUGGCGACAGCGUCGGCAGCAGACGGUGCGAAGCGGGCGCGGGUGGCGGCGAUUCAGAGCAAGCUGAGGGCCAUGGAGCAGGAGGACAGGCAGCGCAAGCAGGGCCAGGCGCCUAAGACUAUGAACAUGAUUCGCCCUCCGCCUUCGGGGUUUGGGGGUGGGUUCCCACCUGGUGCUGGGAGGGGGGAUGGGGGAGAACGUGGGGGGGAUAGAGGUGGAGGGGAAGGGAGAGGGGCAGGAGGCGGGUACUCGCGGACGCUGCUGCAGUCGGGAACGAGAUGGUCGGCAUGGGGGUAG